CCAUCAUUUAUCAUAUAAUAUAUCAAGAUAUAUAUAUAUAGGUGCUCCAUACGUUUCCCUGUUGUAUCAACAAAUUAACUCAUCAUUUGGAGACUGAUAAUUACAUACUCCACAGAACAGACACACACACUUCAUGCCCACUGAGACUACAAGAUAUAUCUGAGAGGAGGAUAAUGAUGAGCGAUCGAAUGGGAGGAGGCCCUGACACGAGAAUACUAUCCAAUGCAGUUGCAGAAGAAUGCACUUUUCCCCCAUCAACCGAGUCCUUACUCGGGAAGCUCAACCAGAUCGACAUUCGGCUGAGGCAGCUGGAGAAGCAGAAGCAACAGCAGCAGCAUCAACAACGGCGGUUCCCUCAACUUCCAGAGAACAACUAUUUCAUUGAGGAUCUGCAAGCCAGGCAUCUAGAGUGCAGAUCCUUCUCCGCCGCGCUGCAUGAGGUGCAUAUGAAAGGAACACUCAUGCAACGCCUCCACCUACUCGAAUGCCGGAUCCACCAGCUUAGUCACGAACUGGACAAGGGCAAUAGUACUGCAGUCAGCUCCUCAGCAGCAGCAAAGCAGUUGUUAACGAGUGAUCAGAGCAUGUGGCUUCAGCAAAUUGAACGAGAGAUGAAGCUGCUGCAGGACAAUGUUGUACCCUCGUCCACACGCGAGAUUGGAGCUGGGGAACUCCAAGCCCAGCCUUCCAAACUCAAGAAUAUUAAGGAUACCAGAAGAGAGGCUAUCACUGCGGUGGAAAAGCGAGCCAAUAACAUACGGCAGAAGGAGAAGAGAAGGCUGGCGCACACACAGCUCUACAAGAAGUGGUUUCCUGUUGGGUGCUGAAACCCAAAAUUCACAGCCCACCUCAUAUUUGUAGAAUCCGCGUUUUAUUUAUUUAUUUAUUUAUUUAUUUAUUCUGCAUCGCAAGAAACAAUGACAAUCAAAAGCAUGGAAUUCCAUACCGUAGUU